UCGCUCGAGAACGACACGCGCUAUGUACGGGUCCCUCUUUGACUCCGGCGGAGAACAGAGAGCCAUCACUUCCAGGUAGCUACCUAGCUACUCCACUACUGUCGUCUUUCCUCUUCCUCUUCCCCGGGUCCGGCGCCCCUGCCCCGACGAUGACAGGCCCGCCGGACGGUUCACCGCCGAGUCCCCCGAACCCUGCCGGUGAGUCACGAUCACGCGCGCCGCCCCUCUCCAUUGGCCGGGUAAUACUGUCCUCAUUUGUUUGAGAACUCCAUAGGCUGGCUAGGACUUAGGAAUGCACGGGAGGGGACCUGACUUUGGUUGUGGUCAUCUCAUCUGCUACUGCACAUUGCUAGCACCAUGUUCAGUUGUUCACCAUCAUCUGGUGGCCUGGCAUCAGGCCGCUCUUGAUCAGUCCUGUGCUUGGAGUACCGGCAGAGAACAGAGAACCUUUACUUCAUUGCUUGCCACUCCAUCCGUCUCAAAAUAAGUGUCUUAACUUUAUACUAAUUUUAGUAUAAAGUUGCAGUGCUAAAGUGGACACACUUAUCUUCGGACGGAGGGAAUACCACUGCUGUUCUCACGCUUCUUCCUCCUCCCGGCGCCCCUGCUACUCCGUCCAGUGUUCUUCGCCGCAUCCCCCGAGCCCUGUCGCCGGACCACGUUCGGUGCGCCGCCCCAUAUGCAUUGGCCAGGUUGCUAGCACCAUGUUCAGUUGUCCGCCAUCAUCUGGUGGCCUGGCAUCAGGCCCCUCUUGAUUAGUCCUGCGUCCUGAGCUACUUUCCGUCGUCCUGCAACUUCGGCUGCAGCGGAAGCUCCUGUGGUAGCUGCUCGCUGAAUGGAGGCCGCGGAUGAAGUGCAGAUUUGGGCGCCGAUUCUUGCUGACCCGCUCGAUUGGCCUCCAUCUUCUGUUACUAUCCCUCUUCCAAGCCAGGUGGAAGAGUAUUUCAGUUAUGUGUAUGGCCUUGAUGGCAUGGAAAUCAGCAAACUUGCACAACAGCCCGAAGAUGAUUUGGGAGACCUCAUAGUAAAGCAAAAUUGGUGGCGUCGCCUUCGAGGUCCUCGCAAGAGGAGGAUAUUUCCUUGGGGAAGCGGGUGCAUGAAUUCUCACCGUCGAAAAAACAAUGAACAUUGGACACAUGAAGAAGUGAAGAAGCUGGUUAAGGGUGUCAAGACAUAUGGUGCCGGGCGAUGGACUAUGGUGAAGAAUCGUUACUUUUCAUCAUCAGUUCGAGACCCAGCACAUCUCAAGGACAAAUGGAGGAAUCUUCUCAGAGCUUGUGGGGUCCCAUGCACCUCUAAAACGAAGGAAAAGGCACAAAAGACUAUGUUCCGGCCCUUAGAUACAGAGUUGAUCCAACAGAUCCAAGGGUUGGCCAUCGAUUCAGCCUCCACAUCAAAAAUGAAGAAACGCCGUGGGAAAGGAACAACUAGCUGAGAAUGACAACCAAAUGAUGGUUGAGGCUUUAUAAGUUUACAUAAGUUAAGUUAGCAACAUCUAAAUGCGUUAUUUCUGUUGAAUUGGGAAAUAUGUGCAUACAUUAUGUAAGAAGAGCCAGUGAAACCAGCCGGCCUUUGUGCAUGUAUAUAUACCGUAGCUAGAAAUUGUGCACUGUAUAAAUUCUGUGUGGUCGGUGCUCUAGCAGAUUCCAAACUUCUUAUUUCGUUCUUAGUUUUCCUUCUCCUUGAUGUAAAGGUUCCACGGUCACCUUGUAAAUGCUUUGUUACUAAG